AUUCUCCGGAGUCGUUUAAAAUAUUCGUUGGCUCUGAUGAGUGAAUCACUCCGCAGUGUGAGACAGUAGUGUGCUGAGGGGAGGCGGGGGUCUGCGUGAAAACGUGUUUUUCCUUUUUUUAUAUAACUUUUUCUCGGUUUAAAUGAGAAGUAGCUCCACACCGCGGACAGUCUCACUGCCCAGCCGGACACCGCGGAGCUAACACCGGGAGGACAGCUCAGAAAUACAGUAGUAUCCGCGCUUUACUGGAGCUUCACAGUCAGCGGGGUCUGCAGCGAAGGUAGCCGGGUUUGAGUGCACGUACUGCGGCUACAGCUUCGGUCCCGCCUCAGUGCCCUGCGGAGGUCCGGGGGAGUAUGCGUGAGGAUGAGCCAGAGAGAGUCACUGGUUCAUCUGUUUGCUGGAGGAUGUGGGGGUACAGUAGGGGCUAUUCUGACCUGUCCGUUGGAGGUGGUGAAGACGAGGCUGCAGUCUUCCUCAAUAACCUUCUACAUCUCCAGUGUUCAGCUCAGUGCGGUGAACGGGGCCAGCGUGGCCCGAAUGGCCCCACCGGGACCCCUGCACUGCCUCAAGUUAAUCCUGGAGAAGGAGGGGCCUCGCUCUUUAUUUAGAGGCCUCGGCCCCAAUCUAGUCGGAGUGGCCCCCUCAAGGGCGAUUUAUUUUGCUGCAUAUUCUACAGCUAAAGAGCGACUGAACGGUCUGCUGGUUCCAGACUCCACCCAGGUGCACAUGCUGUCAGCGGGGAUAGCAGGUUUCACAGCCAUCACUGCGACCAAUCCAAUCUGGCUGAUUAAAACCCGCCUACAGCUGGACGCCAGGAACCGCGGGGAGUGCCGGAUGAGUGCGGUGGAGUGUGUGAGGCGUGUGUAUCAGACGGACGGUCUGCGGGGGUUUUAUCGGGGGAUGUCUGCUUCCUACGCUGGAAUCUCGGAGACGGUCAUCCACUUCGUGAUCUACGAGAGCAUCAAACGGCGCCUCCUGCAGGCCAAAGCAGCCACGCACAUGGACGAGGGGGACGGCUCGGUGAGGGACGCCUCCGACUUCGUGGGCAUGAUGCUGGCAGCUGCUACCUCCAAGACCUGUGCCACCUGUAUAGCUUAUCCACACGAGGUGAUCAGGACGCGGUUGAGAGAGGAGGGCACGCGGUACCGUUCUUUCUUCACCUCUCUGAGUAUGGUAUGUCAGGAGGAGGGCUGCAGAGCACUUUACCGAGGACUGACCACACACCUGGUGCGCCAGAUCCCCAACACCGCCAUCAUGAUGUGCACCUACGAGCUGGUGGUCUACCUGCUCCACCGCUGAGCUCCCUCUCUGUACAUCCUUACCUACGACCAGGGAUACACACUUAUAUACACACACUGCUUCUCUCCAUCUCUGAGUGAGAGAAAGAGAGAGAGAGAAAGAGAAAGAGAGCGCCCCCGGAGGAGAACAGAUGAAUGACUGGUGAUGGAUGGUGUGCUGUUUGUUCGCUUUGUUUUUUUGUUUUUUUACAUAUAUAUAUAUAUGGACUCACGCACACAUGAACGCACAUCUAAAUUGACUAGACACUUAAAGACUGGUGAGAUACAUAGAUAGAUGGAUAGAUGGAGGGGGCGGAGUUUGGUGUGUUUUGUACCAAAGUGUACCAGAAUGUACUUAAUUGUACUAAAAUGUACCAAAAUGACAACAGCUUCCAGAGAAAUGGCACUAAAAGAAAAAAGAGGAGAUGAUUUGCUAAAAAAAGUAGUAUCUGUUAUCUAUUUUUGAAUGUUAGCUCCUCCUCCUUCUCCUCUUCUUCUUCUUUUUGAUCUAGCCAUACAUCACAGCUGCUUCAGAACGUGCCUUUUUUAAGAUCAGACUGAAGAUACCCAGGAAAAAAGUGUGGAUCACGGUAUUAACAGUGCUAAUAAUUUACCUCACAGGCAGGGGGCGCUAUUGCACAGAGCAGGCUGGCGGACUGCAGCUCCAGCCUGGUGUUUCUGCUUGAAGGCAGGAAAACAGGACAUUUCCACUCAUGGAGAGCAUGUUCUGAAUUGGGGAAUGGUAUUAAAAAAACUAAAUAUGGCCGUUUUUAAGGGGUUCACUUCCCCUCCAAGCACUAAUGGUGGGUAAUGUAAUGUUGUUUUGUCAUUAUUUUGAUAAGUUGCAUCACGAUACACGAUUUUCUCAGUGUAACUUUUGGUAUUAAAUAGUAUUGUCAGAACAGACACUACUGAUUAUGUGUCAUAAUGCUAUUAAAUCUGUACAUUAUAAAAAUAAAAUAAAAAAAAAAAACGCUGUACAGUAUAUGAGUUGUACAAACUGGGGGAAAAAAAAGAAAAAAGAAGUAAAAAAAUAUAUAUUUUUAUUGUAUAUCGGACCAUUUUGUCCUUGUUCUUGUUAAACUUGUUUAAAAAAAAAAUAUUGACCAGUAUUCAUUUUAUAACACCCGUAAAUCUCUCACACACACACACACACACAAGUUCUUGCACUGAAGCCACUUUGGGGACACCUGCGGACACCAAAUGUACCGGUACCCAAAAUUCAUUCCCGAUGUUAACUGAAUCCUUAAAGUAAUCCCUGAAAUGUAAUACAAUUUGUUUUAGUCAAAAAUCAAGUAAUCAGUACCAGUAAUUAAAAAAAUAUAUUAAAUGCCCAACCUAAAGAAAAAUGUAAUCAAUUGCGAAUAAUGUAAAAAAAGGUAUGUUAAUGUUAUUGGGAAAAAAUAUAUAUAUAUUAUAUUAAUGAUCAAUGUACUCAAUGUAUAUUGCACUACGAGAUUGGUCAUUUGUAAUAUUAUAAUUUUUUAAAAAUUAGGCUUUAUUAUUACAAUUUUCCCUGAGCUAAGUGCAAUUUUUGUGUGCAUAAAUCAACAAUUAAACCCCCCGUCUGAACCAAAACCUCUGUGAGGACAUCUGAAAAUGUACCAAUAAUUAAUUCCCAAUAUUAAUAUAUGAAAUUAUCCCUGAAAUUUAACACAAUUUAGAAUUCAAUACAGUCAAACAUGCAACCAGUACCAGUCAUUUAAAAAUCUAUUGUAAAUAUUCAACCUUAAGAAGAAUGUAAUCAAUUGCGAAUAAUUUAAGAAAGAUAUAAAGUUAAUGUUAAAGUUGUAUUAAUAAUCAAUGUCCUGUAUAUUGCAUUAUGAGAUUAGUCUUUUGUAAUAUAAUUAAGUUUUUGUAAAAUUAGGCUUUAUUAUUAAACAUUUCACAGAGCUAAGUGCAAUAUUGUGCUGCGCUUUUUGGAUUAUUUCACUAUUUAGGGAAAGGUUACAAUAUUAAAUUAUAUUAAAUGAUUUCACUAUUAUAUAUAAAGAUAUUAUUAUAGUUAUAAAUCCUGUGCUGACACUACUGUUUGAGUCAUAAUGCUAUCAAAUCUAUACAUUAUAAAUAAAAAUAUCUUUAAACAGGCUGAAACCUGAAACUAAUAACUUGUGUACAGUACAGGAGUUGUAUAAACUACAAAAAAAGGUAAAUAUAUAUAUAUAUAUAUGCUAAUAAUUGGAUAUUGAACCGUUUGUCCUCCUGUUUCUUCUUAAAUAGUUUAUUUUUUGCUAAAAAAAAAGAAUUGAGCAUUGAUUUAAUUUCACACAUAACUCAACUAAACUGACAUCUGCACUGAGACCUUUUUGGGGACAUCUGAAAUUUACCUACAGUGUUCAUUGUUUUGUGGGAACAUGAUAAGAAAAAAGUUUGUUAAUCAAAGCCAUAUAAGAGGAGUAAGAGCACAGGUUAGUAUUAUGUUGUUGUUGUUUUUUUUUUUAACCAGUUUAAUUAUUAUUUUUUAAUGCUGACGUUGCCAGGUUGGACAGAAAAAUCCCAUUGUCAUGAUGGGACAUGAUGACAACACAGGAGAUACAGAUCUAUGGACCUUUUAUAUGAGUAUAUAAGUAUGUAAAUUAAAUUGUUGUGGUUGAACAUGUUUGUGUUUGUAAAUAUUUGUGUGUUUGCGAAGGUGUUUAAAGUGUGUCAUUAAAUAUGCAUAUGUCUCAUUUA